CACUGAAUUCGAAAAACUGUCCUAAGAUUUUGGGAUGAUGCAAAAGCCUCCUCUGGAAGAUAGCCUCGUAGCAAGGAAGGGAGGAGCAAAAAGAGAUGGUUGGUUGGUAAUCUUCUCUUGGCGGAUAUUUUGAAUUCAAAUAGUCAUAAUUCGAGUGUAACUGUUUUCAAAUCACAAAAUGGCGACCUUGCCAGGACCAAAAGCAAGAUGGGUUUCUUUUCCACCUUUACCAACAAUAAGGGCCUACUCAGCUACAUGUUGCUAUAAUGGUGUUAUAUAUGUCUUUGGUGGCUGCAAUAGUAUGGGUCAGCCAUUGGCCGCUGCAGAGUGUUAUAGUUUUGAAACAAAUACUUGGAAAACCCUACCAAAUUUAGCAGUGAAGCGAGCACAACCACAUGUUUUGAUUUACCAGGGAAAACUUGUAGUCAUCGGUGGAUGUAGGGAAAUGAACCAGCCUGUGCAAGAGGUUGAAGCAUUUGAUCCAGUGCUUGAAGAAUGGUCAAAAUUAACCCCUCUACCGUUCAGUCUUGCCUUCUUUUCGUGUGCUGUUUACAAGGACAGUAUCUACGUCGCUGGUGGCAUGUCCACGCAUGGUCCUUGCAAUGACAUGACGUACGUGCUAAAGUCUGGCAGCAGUGAAUGGGAGGCAUCAUCAAUGAUGCCAACGAAGAGGUAUGCCUGUAAGGCAUUCACCCAUGACGAUGAGAUCUACGUCUUUGGGGGACGUGUUCUUAUGACCCCUUCAAGCGCUGUUGACUCACUAAAUACCCUUUCAAACACGUGGACAAAGCAGCCUGACAUUCUCGACGGUAAAAUGUUCUCUCCCAUUGUCCAGAAUGGCGGGUGUUUCUACAUACUUGGAGGACUAAAGCCGAACGGAGAGUUCUUGAAUACAGCCGAAGUUUUCGAUGUUAACACUAAAUCGUGGAAAAACGUUACUCCGAUGCUUUCAAAGAGAGCCGACAUGGCUACAGAGUUAUACAAGAAUUGGAUUGUGGUCGUUGGUGGACAGAAUGAGAAAGGCCAAAGUCAGAAAUCCGAGGUUUAUGACAUGGACAAAGAUGUUUGGUUCAAUUUGCCCGAUCUGCCAACAUCAAGAUGCGGUGCUACUGCUGUUGUUCAUGGCAACUCGUUUGUAAUAAUUGGGGGUAUGGGCGCCAAUGGACCAUUAGGGGAUGUUGACGCUUUGAUAUUUGAAUGAGGGCCUAUUUUCCUGUAGCAGUAUUUCACUUCAUGUUUUUUGAUAGCUUCUUUUAAGGCAGGAAAACGCACGCAGAAUACUAUGACAAACCUGACGGAUACAUAUUUUAUGUAUAAUUAGGCGAAUAGUGGUUUGGGGAUUGACUACUGCUUAGUUGUUAUCGUCGAGCUGAGUUUUACAAAGGCAAAGCACUUCUAUACAUCAAUGACUUAUCCAUCUUUCCUUUUUUUAUUAAAGUCCUUCAGCGAUUACGUAGCAGUAUAAUUCUGAAAUGCAAUAAUUUAAAUAGUUUGUCUUCAGAGUUCAGUUUCAAUGUGCCCAGCCCCGUUUCAGCAAUAUUCUGAUUUCAGCUAGUUGAUGUAUUUUUUUCGGUUUCAUAGGCCGAAUUUUUUAUAUCGGUAGAUACCUUACCGUGACAAAAAAAAUCAUGCUAAGAGCAAAGGGCUGAUUUGGUUAUUGCUACCAUUGAUUGUAAAUGAUUUCAUAUGAUUUUUGUGAUUAGGGAUGAUUUGAACUAGCCUGUUGUGGGUAGUUUCGGCCGUUUUGAUAAUCUACUUCCUAGUCAAUCGAUUUAUAUGUUGUUAUUUGUA